AAAAGAACGACUCCAUGACGAGUCGGGCAUGGCUAGUUUGUGACUAGUCCACAGCAGGGCAGGUAUCAGCCAGCUGUGUGGAGCGUCCGCUUAGUAGUCCGCUCCGAGCGCCAGUGUUUGCUUGUAUUUCUUGACUUUGAGCGUCAGUGGGCAGUAAAAUAUGUCUGAGCGGGUCGUGAGAUGGUUUUCUUGAGACGGAGUGACGCACAUUGCUGGCGGAGGAGGAGACGUGAACCGGGAAGACUAAAAUCCCACCAGUCACAAGACUGCUGCUCCGUCUGUCUGUCAGACUGUCUCGAUGCCGGAGCGGUGCUGAGCCUGUGACUUUUCCUCACACUUUCUCUCAUGAAAGCUCCCGGCAUGGCACAACCAGAGCGGGUGGAGAACGGCAGCUUUUGUAAGCAGGGUUCCGACAGCUUGGAUGAUGAGUUGGUGGAUCUGGUCAGUGCAGAGCAGGACCUUCCUGAGGAUGUGCCUUACCUGGACCGGGACCACACUGCAGGUUACAGUAAUGGCUUCCGGGGGCAGGUUGCAAGUGCUGGCCUGCUGGAUCUGUUGGAUGAAGGAGUACCUGGAGUGGGCACCUAUGAAGACUUCAACACCAUCGAUUGGGUGAGGGAGAAGUCAAAGGACCGGGACCGCCACAGAGAGAUCAACCGACAGAAGAAGCAGUCUGACCUGGCUCUGCUCUUGAGUUUAAUUGAUGCUUUCUCUGGGUGGCUUCUCAUGCUUCUCAUCGGACUACUGUCAGGAGCCUUAGCUGGAGGUAUAGACAUUGCAGCUCACUGGCUGACAGACCUGAAGGAGGGUUUUUGUAUGAAAGGUUUCUGGUUCACUCAUGAGCACUGCUGCUGGAAAUCCAAUGAGACCACCUUCCAGAGGAGAAAUAAAUGCCCCCAGUGGAAGAGCUGGGCUGAGCUUAUGGUGGGAGUCCCUGAGGGGGCGAGUGCGUAUGUGGUGAACUAUCUGAUGUAUGUGAGCUGGGCUCUGAUCUUCUCAUACCUGGCCGUCAUCCUAGUCAGAGCCUUUGCCCCGUAUGCCUGCGGCUCAGGAAUCCCUGAGAUUAAGACAAUCCUCAGUGGCUUUAUAAUCAGAGGUUACCUUGGUAAGUGGACGUUGUUGAUAAAGACCAUCACUCUGGUCCUGGCCGUGUCAUCAGGCCUCAGUCUGGGUAAAGAGGGUCCGCUGGUGCAUGUGGCCUGUUGCUGUGGCAACAUCCUCUGCCACCUUUUCACAAAGUACCGCAAGAACGAGGCCAAGAGGAGAGAGGUCCUGUCUGCAGCGUCUGCUGUGGGUGUGUCUGUAGCGUUUGGAGCUCCUAUAGGAGGAGUGCUUUUCAGUCUGGAGGAGGUCAGCUACUACUUCCCUCUGAAGACAUUGUGGCGCUCUUUCUUCGCUGCUCUGGUGGCGGCUUUCACUCUGCGCUCCAUUAACCCGUUCGGGAACAGUCGCCUGGUUCUGUUCUAUGUGGAGUUCCACACUCCGUGGCAUUUCCUGGAGCUUUUUCCCUUUGUCCUUUUAGGUAUUUUUGGUGGUCUGUGGGGGGCACUCUUCAUCCGGGCGAAUAUUGCCUGGUGCCGGCGGCGGAAGACCACCCGGCUGGGCCACUACCCCGUACUGGAGGUUGUGGUGGUGGCUCUAGCAACAGCAGUCUUGGCUUUCCCCAACGAAUACACCCGCAUGAGCAGCAGCGAGCUGAUCUCCGAACUUUUUAAUGACUGCAGCCUGCUGGACUCCUCAAAGCUGUGUGACUACAUCUCUCCAGGCAAAGGUGGCGAAAGAGCUGCAAACUUUAGCAUGACCACUAAUGGGCUAGCCGACCGGGCAGCAGGACCAGGGGUCUACACCGCCCUCUGGCAGCUUGUACUUGCACUGGUCUUUAAAAUGUUCAUCACUGUGGUUACCUUUGGCAUGAAGGUGCCCUCUGGUCUGUUCAUCCCCAGCAUGGCAGUGGGGGCGAUAGCCGGCAGGCUGCUGGGCAUUGGCAUGGAGCAACUGGCCUACUAUCACCAUGAGUGGCCCAUGUUUAAAGGCUGGUGCUCUCUUGGAGCCAAAUGCAUUACCCCAGGCCUUUACGCUAUGCUCGGGGCAGCAGCGUGUCUUGGUGGUGUUACAAGAAUGACUGUCUCUCUGGUGGUUAUCAUGUUUGAGUUAACUGGUGGACUGGAGUACAUCGUGCCUUUGAUGGCAGCCACCAUGACUAGUAAGUGGGUGGCAGAUGCUCUGGGCCGAGAGGGCAUCUAUGAGGCACACAUCCGCCUCAACGGUUACCCUUUCCUGGAGCCCAAAGAGGAGUUUGAGCAAAAGACGCUGGCCAUGGACGUGAUGCGGCCGAGGAGGAAUGACCCUCCACUGUCUGUCCUAACGCAGGAUGGAAUGACCGUGGAGGAGGUGGAGGGGAUGAUAUCUGACACAUCAUACAGUGGCUUCCCCGUGGUGGUCUCACAUCAGUCUCAGAGACUGGUGGGCUUUGUGCUGCGAAGGGACCUGGUGAUAUCGAUAGAUAAUGCACGUUGUUGCCAGGAUGGCAUUGUAGGAGCAUCGCGUGUACUCUUUACUGAACACACUCCUUCCCACCCCUACCAGGGUGGUCCUCCUCCACUCAGUUUGCGCCCCAUCCUGGACCUCAGUCCACUGGCCAUCACUGACCACACACCCAUGGAGAUCACUGUAGAUAUCUUCCGCAAGCUUGGCCUCCGCCAGUGCCUUGUCACACAGAAUGGGUGUCUGUUGGGGAUCAUCACUAAGAAGGACAUUUUGAAGCACAUGGCUCAGAUGGCCAACAGAGAUCCUGACUCGAUCCUGUUUAACUGAGGAGGAUUGUCUUCUGGACUUUGCGAGGUCGGAGAGGCACUAUUGUUCCCCCUCGUCUGGGCUAGCGGUCGCCAGGAUGUUCCCCAACUGUUUUCGCCCCCCUCACUGAAAACCCAGCCCUCUUCCAGUCUUAGAGAGCCAAUUUCCGGGCCUGCCGUGCAACAACAGCAAUUCUGCAUUAUUAUAAUAGAGUCGAGGAAAGGAACCCCCCCACCUCCCUCUCCUGAUUGAAAGCAAACGUGUGUGUGUGUGUGUGUGUGUGUGUGUGUGUCUGUCUAAGGUGUGCUGGAAUGAGAGAUUAUGCCUUUCUUUUUCUGACCCUCCUGAGAAAACAGGAGAGUGUGGUGAGAGAGGCUGGAGAGAAGGUUAAUUAAACAGCGCUCGCUCACUGGUCAGCAGCCGGAUCGCUUUCACAAAGGUCCCUUCUGUGUGGCACGGGGGUUAUGAGAGAGAGAAAGAGGAAGAGAGAACUUGGCCAGAAGGAGCCUCGCUCAUUUCUGCUGGCUUACUGAGCUGUACCAGCUUCUCUGCUGUAACCCAACACUCGAUUGGCUUUAAGGUCGCGGUCUAGGGCUGAAUGAAAUGUUGACUGCAACAGGACAUGCCCCCCUCCAACAUUCUGCUCCUUAUCUACAGAAUGUGGCCCACCACCCUGUGCAAGAAUGUAGGAGUUAGUGCUUUAUCCAGCUGUGGUUAUUAACCACCUGCCAAAAUGGGCUUUCGUUUAACUAAUGUGCUCAAACUCAGGAAGACAAACAAGCAAAAAGCCAGAAGUGAAUUGAAUGCUAAAUGCUGUUUGGGAGGCGUUGUGGAAAAGAUGCCUGUGUUUUCUCUCUGUUCAUUUUCUUUGAGGAACUGCCUGAAAAAUGAAGUGAAAAAUGCACCUCUCUCGUUGGCUGUAGUGACAUGGAGUACUGAGUGCUUUCAGUGGGCUUGAUUUAUUCAAGUGUUUCCCGAUCCUAGAGUUUUUUCUGUACCUCAACUCAAUAAGGGGUUGUUAACAGAACAGUUUGGCCAAACAUGCUAACAUGACAAACAGAAAGGAAGCUGGCAGCAACCCAUUACAAUGAUGUCAUUUAGCGGUGAGCAAUAUGGCAAAGGUAUAACAUCAUGAUGCAUUUUUAUGAUACACAAUGUGCAUCACAGUAUUUAGUUUUCUGAACUUUGAUAAGUUACAGUGCUACACUUUUCAGUUUCCAGUUAAACAGACCUAAUUGUGCUCUCUUUGUAAUGAAGCGUGCAGUUUGUCAGUCUUCUUUGAGCUGACUAUAUCCACAUGACAUGAUAUUCUUAGAAAAACAUAUUGUGAUGUAACAUGACCUAAUUCAUCAUGAUAUCAAUAAAUCAUUCAAAUUCAUUUUAAAAAAUUCUCCAACACCAUCCCUACAGGGCCAGGUUUAGGAGCACUGCUUUUGUUGGCACAUUAUUUUGAUGGUCCACUACUUUUGUUGAUGUGCACUUUGUCUUUAAAUUACAUUUAACUAAAUAUCAAUUAAGGAAAAAGUUAAGUUUAAUUAAGACUUAACAUACUCCUCAAACUUCUCCUUCUCAGAAAACCUAACCCUAAACUUAUUCUAAACAAUUUAGUCUCAAUUCUAAUCCAAAUGCUGUUGACAGUCAAGUUAAUCAGAUAUUUAUAUUUGAACAUAUAUUUGUAAGCUCAACCAUCAAAACAAAGUAAACCCUGCUUUUAUUCGAGAGCACUCUAAUGUGCUCGGCCUGGUUUCCAUCAGUGUUGAAAUAGUCUUGAGCACUCUAAUGUCUUACACUGAUGUUUGUGGUACACUUUUGUGAAGCUGGGCCCAGAAUGUCAUGAAGGUCAAUUAGUGCAUUUUUGAGUACUAUGUGCAAAAUGGGUCUAUAACUUGAUAUUUAUUGUACAAAGCUGACACUGUUUUCUGUUAAAGAAUUUAUAAUUGCUUGUUUUUUGACUUUCUGCCAGUAUCAUUCUGAAAACAUCUUUGGUCAUUUUGAAUAAAUCUGAAGCAUUUCACACUGGG